GGAAGCCAGAGGGCGGGGCUUGCGUGGUGGCGUCACGGGGCGGUGCCUCGGGUGGCGGGAAGAGGAGGCGCGAGAAUGGAGUUGGAGGUCGUCUGUGGUGGCGCGGGCGAGGUGGAGGCCCAGGACCCUGACUCUGCCCCUGCCCCUGCCUCCAGCAAGGCCCCCGGCAGCGCCGGCCACUAUGAGCUGCCGUGGGUUGAAAAAUAUAGGCCAGUAAAGCUGAAUGAAAUUGUCGGGAAUGAAGACACCGUGAGCAGGCUAGAGGUCUUUGCAAGGGAAGGAAAUGUGCCCAACAUCAUCAUUGCGGGGCAUUGACGUUGUGAGGAAUAAAAUUAAAAUGUUUGCUCAACAAAAAGUCACUCUUCCCAAAGGCCGACAUAAGAUCAUCAUUCUGGAUGAAGCAGACAGCAUGACCGACGGAGCCCAGCAAGCCUUGAGGAGAACCAUGGAAAUCUACUCUAAAACCACUCGCUUCGCCCUUGCUUGUAACGCUUCGGAUAAGAUCAUCGAGCCCAUUCAGUCCCGCUGUGCCGUCCUCCGGUACACAAAGCUGACCGACACCCAGAUCCUCACCAGGCUGAUGAAUGUUAUCGAGAAGGAGAGGGUACCCUACACUGAUGACGGCCUGGAAGCCAUCAUCUUCACGGCCCAGGGAGACAUGAGGCAGGCGCUGAACAACCUGCAGUCCACCUUCUCAGGAUUUGGCUUCAUUAACAGUGAGAACGUGUUCAAGGUCUGUGACGAGCCCCACCCACUGCUGGUAAAGGAGAUGAUCCAGCACUGUGUGAAUGCCAACAUCGACGAAGCCUACAAGAUUCUUGCUCACUUGUGGCAUCUGGGCUACUCACCAGAAGACAUCAUUGGCAACGUCUUUCGAGUGUGUAAAACUUUCCAAAUGGCAGAAUACCUGAAACUGGAGUUCAUCAAGGAGAUUGGAUACACUCACAUGAAAAUAGUGGAAGGAGUGAACUCCCUUUUGCAGAUGGCAGGCCUCCUGGCAAGGCUGUGUCAGAAGACAAUGGCCCCGGUGGCCAGUUAGAGCAGAGACUUCACUGACUGACUUAUAGGUGCCCUAUUCUGAGGUAUAGAAGCCGCAGCUUUCUGAUGGGGGAAAAUGCCACCUUAGGCUGGAGCCAGCUUGACUGUCCUUUAAACUCCAGUGGCUGGCCAGGUGCGGUGGCUCACACCUGUAAUCCCAACACUUUGGAAGGCUGAGGCAGGUGGAUCACCCGAGGUCAGAAGUUCAAGACCAGCCUGGCCAACAUGGGGAAACCCUGUCUUUACUAAAAAUAUAAAGCUGGGUGUGGUGGCGGGCACCUGUAAUCCCAGCUACUCGGGAGGCUGUGGCAGGAGAAUCUCUUGAUUGAGGAGAUGGAGGUUGCAGUGAGCCAAGAUCAUACCAUUGCACUCCAGCCUGGGCGACAGAGACUCCGUCUGGGGAAAAAAAAAAUUAAAUAAAUAAACUCCCGUAGCUUUCAUGUUUGCUUCUGGGACGUCUGUGCCCCACGAGUGUUUGAGUUUGGCCUCCGCCCCGUUGAUGCGGUGACGGGGCGGAAAGGCGUAGAGAAGCUGAGGGUGGUCUCUGAUCUGUGUGUGGGUUGACAUUUUAGCUAAUAAAGCCUUGCAGUGUUUGUUGGCAAA